GCUGCAACUCGUAAUUGCAACCCUAUCUUCUGCUUAUCUUCCACUGUUGUCCGGCCCCAAAAAGUUUUCCCCAGAAAGCUGAGCCCGAGGUUCUGGCCGCUGCGUUGACCUUCCUCUUUCCUGCCUCUUCGCGUAAAUGUGCCCACGCACCGUGGUGAGGUCUUGUCUUAACUACUGCCAUUGAGCCAAAUCGCCAAUCAUCAUAUUUUUAAGCAAGGGCACCACCCACUUUCCCACACAGCGGUUUCCUUCAUUUCUUUUCGCGGGUUCGUCUGCUGUGACAAGUGAGUUAUUGAUUUAACGCCUUUAUCUAUACAUACUCUAAGCCAAUAGAGCGCAAACAUCGCAGUCGACGUUCUAAUGUCUUCUUAUUUCGCUAAAGCGGGUUGUGGGUGGCGACACCGCCGCCCAAUCUUUGCCGUGUCGCUCUUUUUGAUUUCCACGGUGCUCUUCUCCGUCGCCGUGGCGGAGGUCACGGAAACGCCUCUCUGCAGCGAGAAGCACGGCUUUGCAGGCGAGUUCAACGACCACUUCUCCAUCCCCGUAGAGACCGCGCCGGCGGCCGGCGAGGCGAUUAUUUUGAUUGCGCGUGCGUUUCCGGCUGUCCUCGGCGGAAUGUUUGAGCACUGGGUGUACCUCAACGCCACCUUCAACCUGCCAGAGGGGCCGCUGGUCUCCCGCAUGUCUGACAACAACGGCCUCCUCGAACUGACGAGCGUGGCGGCAGGGACGGAUAUUGAAGUGCGCGUCAUUCGCGUGCGACCAGGGGGCCCGGUCCCGUUCCGCUUCUUUAGCUUCUUCGCGAAUAGGCCGCUCUGCCACAUCGCGGUGAGUCCGACGAACAAUUUCAUUGCCCCAGUGCCGCACCGCCUGGCCGGCACCACGACAGCCGUCACGAUGUACUUCAAGACGACCCUGCCCCGCGACCAAAACGCGGCGACCAUCAGCAUUAUAUCCGACGGUCAUGUUGACCAGCCGUAUAAGGUAGCCGACAAGAACGGUGUGUUGCAGGAGCACUCGCCGAAUGACAUCAUCCAGCCCAGCACCGGCGACAGCAUUUCCUUUUCGUUCAGUCCAACGCCCAACGACCUCGGGAACUCUUACUGCUUUACCGAGGUGACGGUCGCCUACGCAAACGUGCAGGGCGGCACCGUUGCGCCAGCCACAACCGCGCAACCCGGGGGUGGCGGCGCGCCGAACGUGCCGGGGCCGCCGGGGGGAGUCGUCCCCGCCACCACCGCCGCCCCCUCUUCCGCCCCCAUGAGCCUGCUGCGACGCUGCGUGCUGAUCGCUUUGGCUUGCUUCGUCAUGUGGCAGGCGGCGCAGGCGGUGUACAACUACCACGUGCUGGGCAAGCGCGAUGUGAUGGAGAUUGUGCCGUGUGCGGAGACGAUAGCCGCGGGCGCGCGUGGGGUACAGCUGGCGGCGUCGCGCGGACUGGGGAUGUCGCAUCGCCGCGCGGACGGCUACGAUUGUGUUCACGGCAUGGACGACCCCUACGCGUAG